AUGUCGGGCUCGUACGCUUCCGAUAUCAUCACGUACAUCGGCGUCCCGCUGGCUGUAUUGGGAGUCCUCCCGAUUCUCUACAACACCUUCGCAACUCUGGUGUCGCUGUCCCGCAUAAAGCGGAUGCUGCGGCGUGGUGGGCUCACUGCCCUCACGCGUAGCGAUGUCGUGAACCGCGUCAUCGAAAUUGAGCUACCGCGGUACGCGGUCACACCGUGGGACCGCUUUCAGGACCGGAGCCAGUACUGGACGCUAUCGCGCCGGCCCAGCAGCAUACCUGGUGGCAGCUGGACCACGUUCAAUUGGCGCACGAACGCGAUCGGAAUCAAGACUCAGCGUGUUGAGUAUGCGGACCAGGUCCGGCAACCUCAGGUAGAGGUGGCCUUUGAUGAGCUGGUCUCGUAUCUACUCGACUUGGGCGCAGUGCCGGACCCCCACGGGUGGAAAAUGCUACGAUCCACAGGAUUGUGGUCGCCUACUGGCUUAUCACUAAUGAAGUCACCCGAUGGUCGCGAGAAGGCUUUGACGAUAGCACCUUUGGAUGAUUCAGAUGGGAACCUGUCCCUAGCAGUUGCGUGGUCGUCUCAGUGGACUACUCGAGACUACUCGCAUUUACCGCCGUAUUGGGUACGACUGCCUCCUCCACCUGAAGAGAAGAAACCGCAGGAAGAGGAGGGCGGAAGUUCAUCUGAUCCAAAACUUAAAGAAGAAGAGUCAGCAAAGGCUAAAGAUGAAGGCUCUAGCAUGGGCAAAAAGUCUCUCGACUCGGUAGACCGCACAGCUCAGUCCAACGCCAAAAGCCCAGUUACAUGUCAGAUUUCUAUAGAGGGAAUCGUGACGGCCUUGACCCAGGAGGAACAGCUACAGAGCUCACUGAAACUGGAUAGUCUGUACAUCGAGCACAUCCGAGUUCGUCCGGGCAAGAGUAAUGGUGUAUGGUUUGCUAGCGCUAUUACUGCAUACGGCACCACAAGCCAGACGAUUCUGUGGAAUUACAAGAUCCCAGACGAGAUCCUCACUUUCUCGAGGAAAGAGACCGUGCCGUGCGGUGUGCUUGUGCUGCUGGGAGUAGUUGACGAGUCCGAGACACCUGAGUGGGCAACGAAACAUAACGAUCAGGCAGCCCAUCUUGACCAAUAUGUGAGAAGGAAUCAGGAGCAACGAGCUGCUAUGCAGGCCGAGGCACUGCGCGAUAGGAUGCGGCUAGACCAGCAGCGGAGAGAAGCCCGUACAAUGGAGGCUCUGCAGAGUCCGAGAUGGGCUAACAAGGUUGUUGCGGAUCAUUAUCUACGUUGGCUGAAGCAGGGACGCCACCUGGCCGAGGAGAUCACUCUGAAAGAUGCUGUUGGCUACCUACUACACCGGAUGGUGCUCGAUGGGGACUUCGCUUCUACGAUAUGCCGCAUGCUCGAUAUGUGGAAGGCGUGGGCUGAGAUGGGUGGGAUGAGAAGAGCUGACUACAACACUCUGCUGGAAGAUCAGGUAUCGUUUGCGCAGGCCACACUGCUGAUCGCCAUGAUCAAUGAUACGUCAACAGCCAUUGAAGGCACACUCUCAAUGGACCUCCAAGAGUGUUUACGAAUGUGGAGAAAGGUCCGCCUUGGGUAG